AUGUCACUACGAAGCUUGCGAGCCCUCCACACGCUGCCGGGCCUUUAUAAGGCACCGCGGUUUGUCGUCACCCUUACCGAGGCAGCCAAACCCCCGCUCGAGAAGCUGAUCCCUGUUACCCGCCCCUUUGGCCUCGAUCUGCCCGUAUUACUCAACCGGAAGGUAACCACGUCCUACUCGGUCGGCAGCUUAUUUUCUAACGAACGCAAGGAACAACGCCAAAAGAAGUUGGACCACGAGAUUGCCCACUCUCCCUUCUACGAGCUGAAGAGUUUCCGCAACGUCAACGGCAAGAUUUUCACUCCACCGGUGCUGUGGUUCAAACGCGACCAUUCGCUCUAUUUCCCCGACUUCUACGGACUGACGUUGGCUGGGAAUACUAGCUUGUUUGACGUGUUGGGCCCGGUAAAUCUUGUUCGGGUAUACUCCACCGUUUCCGGUGAAAACUGUUGCAAUACCUGGUUCGGUGACUAUCUCCACGACUACGCCAAGUUCAAGCUGGACUACCCGCAGGCACAGAUCAUUGACAUCAACAUCCCGCAGAACUGGCUCAAGGGGUUCGUGAUCAACCUUCUGAAAGGCCACAUCCGCAAGACAUUAUCCCCUGAGAGAUGGGACCGCUACUUCGUGUUGCCUGACCAUAUUUUCCCCUUUGACAUCCGCCAAAAGCUCUUGUGCGAUAACAUGUGUUCGGGAUACGUGUACGUGUUGGAUAACGAGGGUAAGAUCCGGUGGGCGACGUCGGGUUUCGCUCUGGACGAAGAGAAGGCGUUGAUGUAUAAGUGUGUGCGGGGCUUGGAAAAAGAAGCUGCCCAGUAA